GACCGGAACUAGGGAGGAGCCACCCAACCGCGCCUCGCGGUUGGCAAGAGCAGCUGUCACUCAUCUUUCAAGCGGCUCGGCACCGCCCAACGCCAGGGCAGCUAGCCGCGUGGGGAAUGGGAAGGGAAGAGCGAAAGUUGCGGGCGUUUUAGCCCGCCGCUCUUGAGAUGGAGGCGAGUCCGGCCGCGUCCCCUGGGCCUUCCCGCUCAUUCAAGGAGGAGCUGCUCUGCGCGAUCUGCUACGACCCCUUCCGCGACGCCGUCACUCUGCGCUGCGGUCACAACUUUUGCCGCAUGUGUGUGACCCGCAGCUGGGAGGUGCAGGUGGCGCCCACCUGCCCGGUGUGCAAGGACCGCGCGUCCGCCGCGGACCUCCGCACCAACCACACCCUCAACAACCUCGUGGAGAAGCUGCUGCGCGAGGAGGCCGAGGGCGCGCGCUGGACCGGGCACAGAUCCCCGCGCCUCUGCCGCCUGCACCGCGCCCAGUUCAGCCUCUUCUGCUUCGAGGACAAGGAGCUGCUGUGCUGCUCGUGCCAGGCUGACCCGCGGCACCAGGGGCACCGCAUGCAGCCAGUGAAGGACACUGCUCACGACUUUCGGGCCAAGUGUAGGAACAUGGAGCAUGCACUGCGGGAGAAAGCCAAGGCCUUCUGGGCCAUGCGGCGUUCCUACGAGGCCAUUGCCAAGCACAAUCAGGUGGAGGCUGCCUGGCUGGAAAGUCGAAUCCGACAGGAGUUUGACAAGCUUCGAGAGUUCUUGAGGGUGGAGGAGCAGGCCAUCCUGGACACCAUGACUGAGGAGGCCAGGCAGAAGCAGCUUCUGGCAGAGGAGAAGAUGAAGCAGCUCACGGAAGAGACAGAGGCGCUGGCACGUGAGAUUGAGCGACUGCAGAAGGAGAUGAAGGAAGAUGAUGUUUCUUUUCUUAUGAAGCACAAGAGCCGAAAACGACGACUCUUUUGCACCAUGGAGCCAGAACCUGUCCAGGCUGGCAUGCUGAUCAACGUCUGUAAGUACCUGGACUCCCUGCAGUACCGUGUCUGGAAGAAGAUGGUCAUGUCUGUUGAACCUGUGCCCUUCAGCUUCGAUCCCAACACGGCGGCCGGCUGGCUCUCAGUCUCCGAUGACCUCACCAGUGUCACCAACCACGGCUACCGGGUCCAGGUGGAGAACCCGGAGCGCUUCUCCUCGGCGCCCUGUCUGCUGGGCUCUUGUGUCUUUUCCCAGGGUUCCCACGCCUGGGAGGUCGACCUUGGGGGGCUGCAGAGCUGGCGGGUGGGCGUGGUGCGGGUGCGCCAGGAUGCCAACACAGAAGGACACUCACACAGCUGUUACCACGACACCCGCUCUGGCUUCUGGUACAUGUGCCGCACACAGGGGGCAGAUGGGGACCACUGCAUGACCUCAGACCCGUCCACACCUCCCUUGGUCCUGGGCAUCCCACGCCGCCUGCGAGUGGAGCUGGAGUGUGAGGAGGGUGAGCUGUCCUUCUAUGAUGCCGAGCGUCACUGCCACCUCUACACCUUCCACGCCCGCUUCGGGGAGGUGCAGCCCUACUUCUACCUGGGGGGCAUGCAGGUGGACGCGCCACCGGAGCCUCUGCGCAUCUGCCCCCUGCGUAUCACCGUCAGGGAAGAGCUGGAUGGCUGAGGCUGGGCCAGGUGCUGCCCAGGUCUCCUUUCAUGGCCUUUCUUCCUCCUAGUGCCCACAUUCACCUCAGUACCUCUCUACCACCUACCUUCUAGCCAGGGAUCUUCCUACUCUUUAUCCUGUCCUUUCGCAUGACUCCAGACCCCAAGCCUCUGUCUUCAAUUUUGGUUCUUUCUGUACUCUCAAGUCCCUGGGUGGCACAGUUUGCACUCGACUACUAACUUAAAGGCUGGCGGUUCAAACCCACCCAGCAGUGCCAUGCAAGAAAGGUGUGAUAAACUGCUGUCAUAAAGAUUAUAGCCAAGAAAACCUUAUGAAGCAAUUCUACUCUGUAACACAUGGGGUCACCACGAGUCAUAAGUGACUGGACAGCAACGGAUUUGGAGUCAUCAGGAGGUGCCUUACUGGACCCAGGCUCUUCCCUAGAGUCAGUGGCACUUUCAAGCAUGUGGGCUAAUUCUGACCUCUCUGGGAUUAAUGUUUGCUUCUAGGAUGGACCCCUGCCAUGGCUUCGGGCAGGAUCCAGGGUUCAGCUUUCCUGUUGCUUUUUAUCAGUAUUUUAAAACUGUGCUCCACAGCCUCCCUGGGGUUCUCCACUGGGGAGCCAGGGCUACCCAUCAGAUCAGCUCUGAUUUCUCUAGUUCCGUUUGUAUGACUUCCAAGGCACUUAAAAACAAUGUUUACAACCAUGGCUUUAGACCCCUUCCCUCUCUGGGCCUCAGUUUUCUUAUGUAUAAAUGAGAUAGUUGGUCUAGCAUAUGUCAGUCUGUCCAGGCUGUGGAGGAAACGCCUCUGAUUCUUAUAAAGGAGAAAAGAAGGGAAUGGGGGCCUGUUCAGUUAGGAAGAAAGGAAAGUGAAGAUGUGGUCUGAGGUGGUGCUGUGGAGUGAGCGAGGGGGUGCCACACUCUGCCUCUGCUACUCCCUUGCCUUUGCUUAACCUCAACCUGCCUCAUCCUGAGCCUCUUGCUCUGCCACUUGUUUUGUUUUCAUCCUGGUUUCUUGUCCCUUCCUGGUCCCUAUAGACUUGUACUUCAGCCCUUCUUUUCUAUACAUGCCUACAGAUAGUUUCUAAUUGUCGACUUUUUGUGUCUUGGCAGCAACACUAUAAAGGAAAUGCUUUCCUGUAGGCACGGUGUUAUAACUGGGGCCACUUACCUGACUGAGGACCCAGCAUCCUCCCUCCUGCCUGUGCUCCACAGUUCACAAAAACUGACGUUUCAAAUAGAGUAUGAUUCAGGCCCUGUGCAUUGGUUACCAAUGUGCUGUGUACGUUGAUGAGACUAAAAAGUAGUGGUCACAGGGAGAGACCAGUAGGAAAUUUCACUGUGAAGCGGGCCAGGUGGGAGUGGUGGGAUGAACUAGCGAGGGCAUGCCCCAUCUGAAGGCCCUCAGACUCAAAAAAGUUUAUGCAUCUGAGGCCAGUGUGAGGCCUCUACUACACAAUAUUUAUCUAGCCCAUAAAAAUCCUUCUGUAUAAUAAACUUAAUUUUUUUUUUAAUUUCUAUUUUAGAUGUUGGAAAAUUUUUUUUUUAGGAUAAUUUGGAAUUUGGAUAGCCUGGGCCUGUUUUUAAAAAAGUAAAUUGAAAUUUGAGCUAAACCCCACUUUUUCUUUUGACAUUUUCCAUUCAUUGUUCCAGUAAGCAAAAGCAUUAAAGAUCACCUCGUAGCUUCUGAAUUGCACUUUAUAAGAUGGAUUUUAUUUUGUUUUUAAAUGACCAACACAACAUUUAAAAUAUGUGAAGCCUCACCAGGGACUUUAUUUGUGGAAUUUUGGAAAGGAAGUUUUUUGUUUUUUUUUUAAACUUGCUCUUGUUCAUCUUUCCCUCCUACUACAGUGGUUAAGAGCCCAGCUGCUAACCAAAAGGUCUGCAGUUUGAAUCCACCAGCCACUCCUUGGAAACCAUUUGGGGCAGUUCUGCUCUGUCCUAUAGGGCCACUAUGAGUUGGACUCAACUGUACACCAUUGGGUUUGGUUUUUUGACAUAACCAAGGGGAAAAAAGUUUUUAAUGUAGGUCACAGGGACUGAGCCAAAGGAUCAGGGUUGGCUCCAGUCCUGUUUUCUUUUUUGUUGUUUAUAAUAUACACAGCAGAACCAGUUCAACAAUUUCUAUGUGUAUGUG